GCGGCGAGCUGCCUCCCCGCCGGAAACUGCAUCCGCGGACACCGGGGUUCCCGCGCGUCGCUCCCAGGGCCUGCCCCGGCUGUCACCGAGGUACCCCGGCGCAGGUGGGCAGGAAGAGCGGAGCAUUGUCCUCGCGGCGGGCGGGAAACGAGCGCGCUCCGAAAGCCUGGGCUCCUGCGACCCCCCACCCCCUUUACCCACGCGCCAUGGCAGUCCCAGGUUGCAACAAAGACAGUGUUCGAGCAGGCUGUAAAAAGUGUGGCUACCCUGGUCACCUGACUUUUGAAUGCCGUAAUUUUCUCCGAGUAGACCCUAAAAGAGACAUUGUUUUGGAUGUUAGUAGCACCAGCAGUGAAGAAAGUGAUGAAGAAAAUGAAGAACUUAAUAAAUUGCAAGCAUUACAAGAAAAAAGAAUAAAUGAAGAAGAAGAGAAGAAAAGAGUAAAAAGCAAAGAAAAAAUCAAGUUGAAAAAGAAAAGGAAAAGGUCUUAUUCAUCCAGUUCCAUUGAAGAGGAAACUUCAAAACAAAAGAAACAAAAAUAUCAGAAGAAAGAAAAGAAGAAAGAAAAAAAGAAUAAGUCCAAAAAGGGAAAACAUCACAAAAAGGACAAAAAGAAAAGAAAAAGGGAAAGGCAUUCUCCCAACCCUAAUAGUUCUGAAAUUUCAAAAAAGUAACUAAGACUUUGGCCUGUGCCAUUCAACUUAAAAUUUUGGUUUUGAAAAUUUUUGACCUUCCUUGGAAUUUGCUAUACAAUUAUGCUUUGCAUAAAUCAGUCUUUCCAUAUAGAUAUUUUUUCAUAAGUGGGACCUUUACCUUCAACAAUAUAUUUUUAAUGUGCUAUGAUUAUAAGCAUUUAAUCAGUCUUAGUAAAAUUUAGCCACAUCCUAAGUUUGGAUAUUUUACAUACAAAACACAUUAAUUUUGUGUAUUCAUGUCUGUGUUUUGACUAGUGCUAUUACUUCAUAAGUUGAUUAGCUUUACUAUAGUCAGUGUAGGUACUCUCCCUAAAAUAUUGACGAGUCAAGUGUCCACCUCUCUGUGAAAAAGCCAGAUAAGAGAUAAUGCUUUGCUCGACACUGAAAAAUUCAGUAGCUUUAUAUCCUAUGAUAAUGCAUAAAAAUAGUGAAGUUCUUCACUGUUGUUUUUAAAUCACUAAGCUGUUUUUGAAUGUCGUAGGAGAUUAAGCUGAUUUACUGGUGCCAGCAGGAAGAAGAUAAAAUAUUUAUAGCAAAGUUGCACUGUUUAAUGAAAUGCAUUUUGUGUUCCUGCCUCCUUUGUUUUUGUGACAACUAAAAUGUUCCUCCUUGUUUCAAAAUAAUUAAUGAUAAUAAGUUUAGCUUAGCCUAUUAGUGAGUCUCACAGAGAUGAUGCUGUGUUGGGCAUGAUUUUUAAGAUAGACUCCUGGGUUUUACAAAUAUGCCACAUUGGCAUUUCUUAAAGUGAUACCUCAGACAAAACUUACUAUUUUAGGGGAAUAACAGCGACACCUUCAUUAGAAGUAAUUUUUAUUGUAUUGAGUAUGUAAAUUUUAUGAAGCUUGUUUGUAUGAGUAAUUGGGAAAUUUUUAUAAAUGUGAAGAUAUAUAUUUAUUUGACCUAAAUAAUUUGUAGUUUUGAAGCUGGUUUCACAAUGAGUUUAAAGUUUCAUAAAUGACCAGUUUGGAAUGUUCCUUUUACUUCAGGCAUAAACCUUAGGAGCAAUGACAAAAUUUAGGAUAAGGAAUUUUAUUCUCUACUUUUAGAAAAUUAAAAGCUAGGAGGGAGUUGCAUCAUGAAAGCCUUUGUAUAAUGUAUAAUAAUGGAAAUUUUAUAUGAGUAAGCAUUUUCAAACAUAUAUUAGUGGGUACCAAUAUUUCAGUGUUUCUUACAUUUUUAAUUUCAUAGUUAUCAAUGUUAACUUACUUUGCUUAGUACUUGAAUAUCCCUUAUACCCAGCACAUUAGAUACUUAAUGGUAGCAGCCUGAGACUUCAACCGGUUAUCAUGGCUCAGCACCAAAGAUUACAAGUACCUCACUAUGGUGCAGUUAUAAAUUUUCAAACUGUUAACUAACCUUGACGUGACUACAGGUAACUUCAUUAUGAUGAAAUCAGGUAGUUUAUAUACACUCAGCAGCAGGAGAGGUGUGCUGAUUUUUCCUUCACCUAUACCCCAACCUAGUGUGUUCUCAGUAAGACUGGGAGAGUCUUAUCGCUCCUCUUAAGAUAUACUUACCACUCUCAAAUUCUAGGGAAACUACCAAAAAAAAUAAAAUAAAAUAAAACAUCCCUGUUUAAGCCUAGGAAGCUCUUACACAUCUAGCAUUUCCUUAUCCUAAUUUAGUCAGUGCCCUCAAAAUAAAAUUUUUUUUCUCUGAUUCUCCUGUUUUACUCCAGUUGUUUGGAGAGAAACAUGCAGAGCUACUAGGUUUUUAUGAAUUUUAUCUGCCUUUGUCAUAUUUUGUGUAUUUUAUAAAAAUAUGUUUUUUAUCAAGAUGAAAAAAUAAGUGAAAAAAAUAACCUUUGAAGCUACUUGCAAAAGAAUGGCCUCAUCCCAUUGACUACGUAAUGUGGUUCAAAAUGGUAACAAUUAUAAUGAAACAUAAAUUAUUCAGUUACCUCUUUGGUUUCUGUUGUCAAGAUUAUAAACUGGCUUAUUAAAAUUUGUUUUCUGGAUAGCAACAUGAUAAAUUUGAAUAGUGAUUCAAAUUUAUAGAAUUCAGUAUAUUAACUAGUAUAUUGAAUGCAAAUUAAAGUGUUUUUUACCCCAAAAGCAGUCUUGGACUUAUUCUUAAAUAAUUUUUCCAUAAAUAACAGUGUGAAAUAUCUCAUGAGUAAAAUUGAUGUUUUUACUAAAGUAAUUUUUUUCUAAAGUGAUCGUGAUAAAAAUUAUAUUGCAGUUGGGUUAAAUCUAAUGUAGGGAAAAAAAUGGAUGUAAAAGGUAGAAAAUUUUCUCUCUGACAAUUUGGAGCAGAAACAAAACUAUUGAAUAUUAAAAAUUCAAAAGUCCUAAUUAGCUAUUCUACUCAUGUGACCUUUAAUAAAACCAUUUAGCUUC